AUGACCGAGUGCCUAAGGCUCCAGGUCCUACCCGACGUCGAUUACAUUGAGGAUGACUACGAUGAGGAUCAAAACGACUACUCAACCAACGAAGGAUAUCACGCGUUCGACACACAGGCCAACCUGGGGGUCAACAACAAAGUCAUAGAGCUCCUCACAAACCCCCAGCUCUGUAGGGAGAAGAUGCUUAAGAUCCUGAAGACGCUGAAGAAGGAGAGCUUGAAGAAUUUCGCUGGCUUGUCCUGUAUGCCUCUCAAUGAUGUCGUAGUGGACGAAUACGGAGACGUCAACUGGGACCAGAACCACAAGUAUGUAGAUAGCAUGCCCUGGAAGCCCGAGCCUCCGACCAGCAUAGGCCUCUACCAUGCCUUUGAUAGGAACUUUGUGAAUGACGUGCUCGAGCACAAGCUCUUCAUUGUGGUUGACGGUGGUUUGCCCAACGCGGUAGACGAGUUCUACAACCUUAUGCUCGAUGCCGCCAAGGAGACGACCACAAAGGAUAUCUGCGAGUCAGAGGAGGUCAACUGGCUCAGGAAGGCAAGCCAGAGGGCAAGGCUCAAGAUCAUCAAGAUGGUGGCAAUGAGUUCGGCCUAG